AUGCCCCCCAGGACCAUCAACAGGGAGGCCCUUCUCCGACCUGUGAAAUCAAUUGUCAGCGCCUCUUUCCUCUAUCCCUGCAAAGGUAUAUGGUAUUUCUUGACGCACCGCGAAUACUACCCUCUUUUUGGACGGCGUCUGAUACCCCUCACGAUCACCUCCAUCGUUGUGCUCACUCUACUCUUCAUCUUCACCUACCUGCCGCAAGCCGCCUUCCUCCUUAUCUUCCAUGGGCCUACCGCGUGGGUUAACGCGGUGUUUCUGGUGCUGGGCGAGGGCCACGUCGUGACCGCGCUGCUGUUCGAGGCGUUGCUGGUGGAUGAGACGCUCGUUGAUGUCUUUGAUGCUACCUUAAUUCGCGAAGGCCUCAUAUCUCUCGUCGCUCCAUCCCGAAUCCUCGACCACGAUGCACCUACCGCGGUCAAGAUGCUCGGCAAGCCUAUAACGACUGCCGUCUACUCGCCAUUUUCCUUCCGCCAAAUCGCCGAAUUCAUACUCUUCCUCCCGCUUAAUCUGAUACCCUGGGUAGGCGUACCUGCAUUCCUGGUACUGACGGGUGCGAGAGGGGGGCCAUUACAUCAUUGGAGAUACUUUAAGCUCAGGGAAUUGACCAAGAAGGAGAGGAAUAGGGAGAUUCGGUCGAGGAAAUGGAAGUAUACAUGGUUCGGCACUGUAGCUUUACUGUUACAACUGAUUCCAGUACUCUCGAUGUUCUUUCUGCUUACUUCGGCUUGUGGAUCUGCAUUAUGGGCAGCGAAGCUUGAAGAACAGAAAACCUUGGUUGAAGAAGCCGAGGCGGCUGUAGUGAACGAGGGCGCACCGCCUGUAUACACAGAUGAUCCUGUCUAG